CACACAAAUCCUUCUUAUUAAAUGUAGCUCAAUCAUUUCUAACAGAGCGUUCAUGCAUAUGUCGCUUUUCAGUCAUUUUUGCCAUUACGCACAGAUACUUGGAAAUUUUACUCCUGUGCCAAACUCCUCACCAUUCUGCGAGUAAAUAGGAGAGACGCCCCACUUCUUCCAACGCGCCGUGGCCCUGGCUCUGGAGAUGCAGUCAAAAGUUGGCACAGUCGUCCACGGUGUCAAGAGGGGAGCGAUUCAAUCAGAAAUGUAGCGACAGAACCGGAGGAACACGGGUGAACAUGCUACACUGGAACGGUUCGGGCUAGGAAACGCGUUUUGUUAGUUAAAUAGGGCUUAACUUUAAUUUAAAUGCAGCACUGGACUUUUUGAAAACUAAUGGAAGUUGACGACAGCUCUGUAAAUGUGCACGCAUGUCCGAGGGAUUUUGUCAAGCAGAUGAGUUUUGUCAUGGACGAGCAUGGAUCUCAGACGCGUCCCAGGCAGUCUGCUACGAGGGUGUCCACUAAAAGCAAGGCCCCGUCUCCCCCUGGCCUGGACAAGCUGAAUUCCCCAGAACUGUCCCAGUGGUUCCCAGGAAACCCCUCCACCCUCACCAUGGACCACAAGGAAAACCGCAUGGACCAAGAGCUCUCCCUCACCGUGGUACUGCCCGGAGGAGUGGAAAAGAUGACGACUGUUCACGGCAGCAAACCCCUAAUGGACCUAUUAGUGACUCUUUGUGCAAAAUACCAUCUAAAUCCUUCUGGACAUACCCUGGAACUAGUCACCAGCACUCGGAACAACAUCAAACUCAAACCCAAUGCACUUAUAGGGACUUUGGAUGCGGAAAAGGUCAUUAUCAAACCCAAAGGAGAGGACAAAAACAAGAAGACAGGCCCACAGAUGCCCGAGGCAACCGUGCGUAUGGUGAUAAACUACAAGCAGACACAAAAGACCAUACUGAGAGUGAACCCGCGCGUCCCUCUGGCCCAGCUCCUGCCGGCCAUCUGUGAGAAAUGUGAAUUUGAAGUGGAGAGCACCGUUCUGCUGAAAGAUGUCAAAUCACUGGCCCCUCUGGAUCUGUCUGCGUCUCUUAAUGAUUAUGCAAUAAGAGAAGUCUAUGCGAGAGACACGCGAGUGCCGGCGUCUCCAGUGUGUCCCGCCUCACCUGCUUCUCCAGGAUUGGUCACGCCAGGCAAAGAUAAAAAUCAGAAAGAAGAAGAGAAUAAAGGCCUCUUCAGCAUGUUCAGGAGGAGCAAGAAAAGCAAACCAGAAAAGGCUACUACUGCCAGUGCCCCGUCCUCCCCAGUGCUGCCCCAGAGCCGACCGCGUCCUCUCAGCAUGGCAUUACCCAGCACCAACUCCUCUCCGUUUGGAUCCGACGCCCCCAAGAAGAGACGCGCCCCCCAGCCCCCCAUCCUGGUGUCCCAACAGAGCUGCCCGUCCGACUUUAGCCCCAGACACAGGCUCUACUCUGAACCCUGCGUCAGACUGGACAGCACUGAUCAGACUCCUGUUUUAAGUCGUGGAUCCUCAACAGAUUCUUCACUAAAAAGGACCAAAAGGAAAGCUCCUCCACCCCCCUCCUCCCCUGGUGUAGUGGCACAAACUGAAACUCUCUGUCCAGACGAUCUGCAAGCAAGCCCACCUGCCACCGCACUAGAGGAGAUAAAGGAGCAAGAGGAGACAAAUUCCCCCACCAUGUCUACAACCGUCAGCACUGCCCAGGACGAAACUACCCACAAUGCACCGCCUGACGUGACACUGCAAACCCCGCCCACCGAGACUGCGAUGGAGAUAUCUGUAGAAAAAGUAGAAGAGAAUGGGGUAGACCUUUCCUCAGACGGCAAUAACGGCCAAGUGCACAGUGAAGUGAACGAUUCUGCAAAUAUUAUAGAGCUGGGAAAAGUGGACGCCGAAGAUUUGACUGAACUGCCAGACACAAGUGAGCCAUCCACAUGCGAAGACUGCACUGAGAGCAUCCAAGUUAACAGUGACACCCUCCCCAGCCCUGCCCGCCUCCUCCCACCUCCUCCUCUGCUCCGGGACGCAGAGACCCAGGCCUCGUCCCCCCCUUCUCCUCCUCAUUCUCCUUCUCCUCCUCCUCCCACCUCUGAGGACUCUGCACCAUCCGGGGACCACACUGUCAUCGAAGCAACCAGCCAGCCGCCCCUGAGCCCACCUCCCCCCAGCACUGCGACGCAAACCACUGGAGAGGAUGCACAAGUCCAAACAGACUUGACCUCGCUUCCUGUUUCUCAACAUCCGGAUAACGUUCCAUCAGACACCCCGUCUUCUCCGAGUCUAUCCGAAUCAGGGAAAAAAGACAUGGCCACGCUGACGGAUGAUUUGGAAGAGAGUUUAAACAUAGCCGCUUCACCUUCUUCUCCGGGGGCUAAGGUCCCAUUGUCCGAACUUGAACCCAAACCCAAACCUUCAAACGAACUCACGCGAGACUACAUUCCCAAAGUAGGGAUGACGACUUACACUAUUGUGCCUCAAAAAUCGCUUGAAAAGUUGAGGUAUUUUGAAGUAGCCUUAACACUGGAAGCCCCACCUCCGAAUUCACAAGAAAAUCAGCAAGUUGAGGAAGAUAUUUUCGCAACUGAACCACAAACUGAACCACAAACUGAACCACAAACUGAACCACAAACUGAACCACAAACUGUACAAGAAACUGUAAAAGAAACUGUACAAUCAGAAAAGGUAGAAUUGGAGAAAUGCAAUACUACUAGUGUUACCCAAAGCACUAUAAAUGGGAGUAUCCAGGAGUCAACAGCUUCAAAUCAUGCAUCAUCCACUACUACUUCUACUACUACUACUUCUACUUCUACUGCAUCAACUACUACUCCUACAGAUUUGCAAGCAGGUUCGCCCAUAGAAGUCAAAGAAGUUAAAAUUCCCCCCGCAACCAAGCCUAAACCGGGAUCCUUCCGCUUACAUCUCAAAAAGACACCUGGCUAUUAUGUAACAUCUGCAGCAGAGAAGAGUCAACUCAGUACAAGCCCGACCAGCCCAAAGCCAAAAAAUAAAGAGAAAGAAGCAAUACCAUCUCCUCCUCUUUCUCCCCUGCAAUCCCCGAAAGAGCCAGCAGAGGGAGGCAGCGUCACAACAAGUCCCAAACAGGAGCAUAAAGAACCAGUGUUGAUAAGGCAGAGCAGCGCCCAGCCAAGUCUGGGGUUGAGUUUGGAGAAGUUGAGGAGUUUUGCGGCACCGAGGCCCUACUCGCCGUCCACGCCAUCGAAGUUUGCGCAGGCAGUGUCGUCGGCGGUGAAGAGGAGCCAUUCUCUGACCAGCGCUCCACGGUCCCCCAAAUCGCCCACCGUCUCGCCGUCCUUCUCCCCAACUCGCUCUCCAUCCUUUUCACCGGUCAAGAGGCAGUCUCCGCUCCUGAGGUCAAAGGAAAAGGUGGAUGAAACAGAGGAGCAGACAGAGAAGGUCAACACUUUAGAUCAUGUACAGCAGGCCCCUGUGAUCAGUGGCAUAGUGGAAGUGGAAGGAGAAACCCAUUUAUAGAGGGGCCUUAUCUCCGGACAGUAUGCCAGCUACUGUAAGACAAGAGACAAAAUAUGAAAAAUGUAUAAUAAAAUAUAAUUAUAUUGUCUACACAUAUUUUUCUGUACUAUUAUACACUGUAUAUAUCGUAUAGUUACUGUAUUUCUCACACUUUAUAAAGUGACCCUAAUUUGAAUUGUAUCUUAAAAUAAUUAUUUUUGAUUGUAUUUUAGAUUAUUUGCAUUUAAUGCAUUAAAAUUGUCACGUGUUAAACUGUAACCCCGAAACAGUUGCUUAAAUUAUUCAUCUGAUUUACAGAGUUGUAAUUAUUUUAAUUUAAUUCUGAAAAUGGUUACAGGCUUUCUUUAUGCCUUAAAUCCUAAAUGUAAAUAAACAGAGAAGUUGAGUUACAGAUAAUACACUGAUGUUAGCGGUGCACGUGUGUGUCUGUGUGUACUGCCGUGAAUAAAGACUUCAUCAUGGUG